GUGGUGGUGGUAGGGGAGGAGGAGGAGGGUUGAGUGAGUUCGCGGCGAGGAAUAGUAGGCAUAGUUCGGAUUUGUCAGAAAGUGUGCGCUCCGCGACGGUCUUUGGUGUAGGCACCGACGCUGCGCAGGUGCAGAUGCAGCUACAGAUCCGACAGCUCAAGGGCGAGAAUUUGCGUAAGGACGAGCAGAUGGAAGAGUUGCUCGUGAAGAUUGCAGAGUUGACAGCAAACGUGUCACGUCUUGAACACCAGCAACAAGAACAACAAGAACAAGAGGAACAUCAGGAGGAGCGACAAGAGGAACAACAACAGCAACAACAACAAGAACAACAACAACAACAACAACAACGGCGUCAGGAGGAGGAGGAACCAGUCGCCUCGAUCCUGAUUCUAACACCGAGUAAACAUAUCUCAAAAACUCAACACGUCUCCAUAUCCACCUCCGACAUCAGUUCUAAUCUCAGUACCAGUACCAGUAUGUUGACUGCCGGGCACGGUGCCUCAUCAUCAUCGCUAUCCCCGUCCACAACAACCGUAUUCUCUGUGAACAGCGUGGGCUAUGACCUCUCACUCGAGCAUCCGAAACUCCUGGCAAGAUACCAGGCCCUGCGGAUGCAGCACGCCCAAGCAUCCGAGUAUCUCGAUGUCCUCGAAUCCGAGAACCAAGAACUCAAAGUCCAAUUGCUCGACAUCAACAGCAGCAUCGCGGAAAUCGUCAACGAUAUCCCUAGCACAAACUAUAUUCAGACACAGCCACAGCCACAGCCACAGUCGAGAACCGUCGCGGUCUAUUCGACAACUUCGGCGUCCUCACUGCAUCACCCUGCCGCAUCGAAGUUGACGCCUCUGGACAUGGACGUCGCAGCCACAGCCGUAGCCGCUAGGCGCGGUGCUAGCAAGUAUGUCUCAUCCACAUCUUCAUCGUCACCAGCUGUGACAUCCACUACGACUCCUAGCUCACCCACGAGUCCCAUGCUGGCCCCAAUAUUGACCCACAAGUCAUCGCUUCGCUACUCCAAAGACAGUCAGGUCUCGCCCCCGACCACCGAUGUUGCCCUUACGUUUCAAUGAUAAUCAAGUUCGUAAAUAUCGAGACAAAGAAGACGCACACGCGUACCCGUCUCAUAAUAAUAAUAAUAAUAAAGUUUUUCUUUCACGCUUUGUCUUCGCGUGUGAAAGAUCUCUCUACAUUUUAGAUUGAAGUUAAUCAACUUUUGGC